AUGGCCUUGCAGUCCACGUAUUCAUCUACUCCUCGCGAGCUGGAAGCAUUGGCUGUAACGGAGACUUCCACUUCACCCAUUGAGCACGAAAGCCGAAACGAUUUCUCUGAACCGAAGGAAAUGAUCGCAAAAUUGGCCACAAUGAGAAAGAUAUAUGCAGGUGUUCCUCAUUACUUGGGUGUAAAAAUAAGGAGCAUCAGGAACGGCAGUAUUAUUGUCAACCAUGAUGUCUUGUUCCAGGUGAACAAUACUGCAUCAGGUGCUGAGUAUAAUACAGUUCUGGUGGACAUUGAAAAAAGCCUUAAUGAGUCAGUAGCCUGUGAAAAUGCUUAUCUUCUCUGGCAGACAAACUCCUUACAAACAUCCCAGCUAGAACAUCUACUUUCAUUGCCUGGAAGAAGCAACUCAGAAAGCUGUUCAUUGUUUAAUCUGACUGGUGGCAACAUAUCUGUCCAGAGUAUUCCGAUUAAUACCAGUGAAUUGUGCAAAUCAUUGGUCCAUCCAGAUAUAGCUCCAUAUUACAUAAGUGUCAACACGUCCUUACCAUUGCAGUGCAUUUCAGUGUGUGAUAGAAGACACAAGGACUAUAGAAACUGCAACAAUGGACAAUGUCAGCUUGAGAACUCCGGCCCUGUGUGCUACUGCCGUUCAACAAGCUCACAUUGGUAUUCAGGAAGCCACUGCCAAGUUGCGAUCAGUAAAGUUGGACUGUACAUUGGGCUCAGCCUUGCAGUGGUUGUGAUCCUGACCGCAUUGACAGUCCUUAUUGUUUACCUAUACAUGUACAAGAACAAAAUGUACAGGAUUCACCAUAGCAAUGUAGACAGGAUUGAACAAUGGUACGAGGAAGAUUUUGUAUGGUGCAAUCCUAAAGUGCAGACCACAUCUGUUACUCAAGUUUCUGAAAGCAACUGGACACAGCUUGAUGAAGGUACUACUAGCUCAAUGGAAGGCUCAAGCCAUGAAGUCCUGGUUAGUAUUAGACUAAAUAAGGUCAUGUAUGGUUAGUCUCUUGGA